UUGUUUGUUGGUGAAUAAAGUGGUGGUAGCUGAUUUGAGUUUUGAUCGCAAGCGAGCGUUCGGCCAUGCCCAAUAACACAGUUUCAAUCACCACAUACUAAUUUGGAACGCAGAAGGCCACUUUUUCAUGAAUCAUGAAUGCAAUGUGAGUUGCGUUUUGGGGAAAGUGUGAAACAAUUGAUUCUGAAGUGAAGUGGAUCUGAAUGCUAAAUUGCUAACCACGAAUAAUGACGGAUACUUCAGUUUUCAUGGGUACCGCAAUUUUGGAGCCUCGGAAUGAUAUGGAGUUUGAAUCUCAUGAGGCUGCAUAUGCAUUUUACAAAGAAUAUGCUAAGUCUGCUGGGUUUGGUACUGCCAAGUUGAGCAGUCGUAGGUCUAGGGCAUCCAAGGAAUUCAUUGAUGCUAAAUUUUCGUGUAUAAGGUAUGGUAAUAAGCAGCAAUCCGAUGAUGCCAUUAAUCCGCGGCCUUCUCCGAAAAUUGGUUGUAAAGCAAGCAUGCAUGUGAAGAGAAGACAGGAUGGUAAGUGGUAUGUCUAUAGAUUUGAGAAGGAUCAUAAUCAUGAGCUUUUGCCUGCCCAAGCUCAUUUCUUUCGGAGUCAUAGGAGUUCUGAUCCACUGAGUAAUGAUGUUCGGAUGCGACGGAGGAAGAACUCAACUACCGUUUCUAAAUUGUUUAGCGCGUAUCAGAAUGUUGAUUGUUUAGAGAAUUUCAUGAAAAAUCAACAUGAUCGUGGACGGAGUCUGAUUUUAGAACCAGGGCAUGCACAGUUGCUUCUUGAACUCUUCAUGCAAAUGCAGGAAGAGAAUCCAAAGUUCUUCUAUGCAGUUGAUUUGAAUGAAGAGCAUCGACUGAGAAAUGUGUUCUGGGUUGAUGCUAAAGGCUUAGAAGAUUAUGCUUACUUUUCUGAUGUUGUUUCCUUUGACACAACAUAUUUUACAAGCAAGUAUAAAAUACCAUUGGUACUUUUCAUUGGAGUAAACCAUCAUAUUCAGCCAACAUUGCUUGGCUGUGCAUUGAUUGCCGAUGAGACUGUAUAUACUUUUGCUUGGUUGCUGCAAACAUGGUUUAUAGCAAUGGAGGAACGAGCACCACAAGUUAUUCUUACUGACCAAAAUGAUGCUAUUAAAGCAGCUGUUGCUGCUGUUCUUCCAGGAACACGGCACUAUUAUUGUUUGUGGCAGAUUUUGGAAAAGAUACCAAAGCAGCUUGAUUGUUUAGGCACGUGGCAUGAUAGCUUUAUGGAGAAGUUCAACAAAUGUAUAUAUAAAUCAUGGACAGAAGAUCAAUUUGAAACGAGAUGGUGGAAGUUAGUCGACAGGUUUAACCUUAGAGACGUUACGUGGGUCCAAUCCCUGUAUGAUGAUCGUGCAUAUUGGGUGCCUACAUUCAUGAGAGAUAUUUCUUUUGGUGGCUUUUCUACUAGUUCUCGCUCAGAGAGUUUAAAUGCUUUUUUUGACAAUUAUGUCCAAGUUGAUACUUCGUUGAGAGAAUUUGUAGAACAGUACAGAGUUAUUCUUGGAGACAGGCAUGAAGAGGAAGCAAAGGCAAAUUUUGAUGCAUGGCAUGAAACACCUGAAUUGAGGUCUCCUUCCCCUUUUGAAAAACAAAUGUUAUUAGUUUACACACAUGAAAUUUACAAAAGGUUUCAGGUUGAGGUUUUGGGUGCAGCUGCUUGCCAUCUCAAGAGAGAGAACACUGGAGUGACUGAAACUUAUUCUGUGAAAGACUUUGAAAACAAUGAAAGCUAUAUGGUAGAAUGGAACACGUCUAACUCAGAUAUAUGUUGUUCAUGUCGCUCAUUUGAAUAUAAAGGCUAUCUUUGUAGACAUGCUAUUGUUGUUCUACAAAUGUCUGGUGUUUUCAGCAUCCCAUCAAAGUAUAUAUUGCAGAGAUGGACCAAUGCUGCUUUGAGCAGGCAUCCUAUUGGUGAAAAGCUGGAAGAGGUUCAAGUCAAGGUCCGGCGAUUCAAUGAUUUAUGUCGACGGGCCAUAAUAUUGGGUGAAGAAGGUUCUUUAUCACAGGAAAGCUACUAUCUCGCUUUAGGUGCAAUAAGCGAAGCUUUAAAGCAAUGUGCAAAUUUGAGCAACCCUGUUGAGAAUGAAACAAGAGCUGAUGCCUCAGCUACCCAUGUUGUUUGUAAUGAUGAAGAGUAUCAAUCUAUUAUUUCAUCUAAUAAUAUAACCCCUGUUCCAAAAAUUAAUACAAGUAAUAAGGUUGCGAGGACUCUUGCAGCUUGUAGGAAUCUCGGAAGCACAGAAAAUGGUGAACGAAAUAAAGAGAAGGUUUCCCAGCUUGAAGCAGCAUGUGUGAAAGAUGGUUUUCAACAAGUGGAUCCAACUGAUUUGACUCCUCCACAUACUGCCAUCCCCAUGCAGUUUCACAGUAUGAUUCCAGCCCUGUUCCACAAUCACAACGUUUCACCGGCACAGUUUCAUGCUCAUUUGCAUGAAACUCAUCAUACCAAAGACAAUGUAUAAUAAUAAUUAAUCUGUACAUAUGUAAUGUGUAGAGGCUAGGCGGCAAUUGAAUUGGAUAGUUGUGCUAACUUGGUGCCCUUACGAUGAGACACCGAUUCUUUUGCUAGUGUUGUUUUUUUUAUGUUUAUUUGGGUUUGUGUAAUAUAUUGUAGGUGCUUGUAUUUUGGCUUUUGGGAAUUUGAUCGUGUUACAAAGGCCACUAGGUCACCAUUAGCAAUCUACGUUUGUGAUCUCGUAUAUUUCGCUUC